GACACGGCCCGGCUCGGCGACAUGGCGGCGCCCGCCAGGUGCUGCUUACGGAGACUUCUGGCUCAGUUUCCCAGCCAUAUUUUUCCCAGGAUUGAUCAACGUACCUCAGUAGUUCCCUGCCGUGGAAACAUACCACUAUCCAUUAGACCCUAUGCUGCUGCAAAAACUGCAAAAAAAGGUUCAAAGGAUGCCAAGCAGAAAACUUCAGAUGCAGAGCCAGCAAAAAAAAAGAACACUUACAGACGAAAGUUAGCAAGCAAGCCAGUGGAUGAUGUGUAUUUAACAUGGUUGUAUGAAAGGCCAGUCUAUGAUGCAGAGGUGGCUGUGGACAUGCUGAAGAAGUUUCAGCAGUUGGACUUCACUUACCCAAAACAACAUGUCUAUGCUAACAUCACUCUGGAUAUGAUGCUGGAGAAGAAGAAAAAAGUGGAUCAGUUUGUCGGCACCAUUCUUCUACCUUAUCCUUUUGCAAGUGAAAUCAAUAAAGUUGUGGUAUUCACAGAGAAAGCAGAAGAAAUUAAAAUAGCAAAAGAAAAUGGAGCUGCUUUUGCAGGAGGGACUGAAUUAAUCCAAAUGAUUUUGGAUGAUGAAAUCAAUGCAGAUUUUUACAUAGCCGUUCCUGAAAUAAUAGCAAAACUGCUACCUUUAAAAAACAAACUAAGAAAAAAAUUUCCAAAGACUAACAGAAAUUCCCUGGGCCGUGACAUUCCAAAAAUGCUGGAACUCUUUAAAGCGGGCCAUGAGUAUAUGGUAGAAAAGGAGAAUCUUAUUGAGACGAGAAUAGCAACGCUGGAUAUGCCUAAUGAACAGAUAGUUGCCAAUCUGGAUGCAGUUAUUAAGGAUGUCUGUACGUACAGGCCAUUGAGCUAUGGCCCAUUUGUCCAGCGCUUGAUUAUUCGAAGUUCAACUAGUGAAGGUUUACAACUAAAUCUUGAGCGUUUUCUCCCUCAAGUAGAGGAAGAGGACAAAGAAGAUGUUAAAGAAACAGAAGCUCCAAGAUAGCCUGCCAGUGUAUUAUAUUGCAAAUUCUCUUAGCAUUUUAUGUUCAAGAAUCCCCAGGAGUAUUUAAAAAUGUUUUCCUAUUAAUUUGUUUGAUUCCUCUCAGAAAUUGAUGGUGUAGCUCAGAUCUUUUUUUUUUUUAAUUUAAUAAAUGCCAUGUUUGAGAUUUCGUUUUUAAUUCCUGCAGCAUCAAAGGUAUCUUUAGACUUUGAGACACUUGACAUUUCCCCCAUGUGCAGGUGAAAGAUUUCAUCAAGUCAUGUUUGUUACACAUUGUAUCGUGAUUUCACCAAAACUUUAGUAUAAAUUCUCAUCAUUAUUGUAUAACC